CAUAAAAAGAAACGCGAGCGGGACCUGGGAAGGACUGACUCCCAAACCCCACAGCCACCACCGUGUCCCUCGGGCUGACCCUGACCAACUUCUGUAGCAGGUGAGACCCUGGAGAGACCUGGAGUGAGCCUGGAGAUCUCCACCCCACAAGAGAAAGGUCAUACCCAUACCUCUGAAGAUGGAUCGAGUGACCAGAUACCCUAUCUUCAGCAACCCCCACUCAGCCCGCGUCACUGGCCUGGCCCUUGAUGGGGACAGCAGCUACACCAUUGAGUUGGUGGGUGUGGGGCCAGAGGCCACCUGGAGUCAGGAUGAUCCACAGGUCUGGGCCACUGACCAUGAAGCCCGGCCAUAUAUGAAGAAUUCAGGGGUGUCCUAUGCUAGGCAGUCCUUUCCUAGCCAGCUGUCCCUGGGGUCCUCAUACCUGGAGGAUGAUGAUGAGGAAAUGAAGGCCUACCACCUGGAUAUCUAUGAUGGCCUCCACCAGCCACAGGACCUGGAGCGUGAGCGCUGGGCUAUCAUCCAUGGCCAGGCAGUUAGGAAGGGUGGCACGGUGGUAGCCACACUCGGGGGUGCACCUGACCGUGAGGACACUGGCCACUCCAGCCAGCGUCAGUCCACACUCAUGGAGGAGAGUAUGGUGGACAGAGAGCAAAUUGAUUUCCUAGCAGCACGUCAGCAGUUCCUGAGCCUGGAGCAGGCGAACGUGGAUGCCCUCCCCCCACACCCCACAACAAGGGCAACUCUCACACAUACCCCAAUAGGGGUCAGACAGAGCCUCAAGACCUCCAAUGGGCCCCAUGGGGCCAGUACCCCACUAGGAGUCAGCCAGAUCUCCAAGGCCUCCAACAGGCCCCAUGGGGCCAUUGCCGCAGUAGGAAUCAAGCAGAUCCCCAAGGCCUCCAAUGGGCCCCAUGUGGCCAACGGGUAUGUGGUCCCCUUCAUGUCACAGGAAAAGAAGGUGGUCUUAGAGGAGAAGGGGGUCCAUGGCUUUCCAUCUGGAUCUAGCAUUGGUUCACUCGAUGGCCCUGGCUCCCCAUCCCAAGCGGACCCUUCAGAGCUCCCCAAAGAGACGCCCAUCGAACGUGAGAUCCGACUGGCCCAAGAGCGCGAGGCGGACCUGCGGGAGCAGAGGGGUCUGCGGCGGGCUGCUGGCCAGCAGGAGCUGGUGCAGAUCCCCAGCAGACCACUGCUCAACAAGGUAACCCUCACCGAGGUCCCACGGAGGGACAGGGGUCGCCCAUCACUCUAUGUACAGCGAGACAUGGUCCAAGAGACCCAGCGUGAGGAAGACCACCGGAGGGAGGGACUGCAGGUGGGCCGGGCAUCCACACCUGACUGGGCUUCCGAAGACCCCCAGCUUGGACUCAGGAUAAGUCCGAGUUCAGACUGCAUCCUUAGCCCUACCCCAGAUGCCCGAGCGGCAGACCAGGCUCCAGAAAUAAGAAAGGUCAACCGCAUCCCACUUGAUGCUUACCAGCCCUACCUGGGCCCUGGGAUCCCUCAGAGAGAAUUUUCACCCUUCGGAGUAUACAGCAAGUCCAGUGGUGUAGCCACGGAGGACACCAAAGCCAUGGCCUUACCAAAGGUCACAGGGUCUUCAAGGCAUCUCUCAGAAUCCUCUGGAAAACUCUUGCACACCAGCUCCAAGCCCCCAAGAGGACACCCACGUGCCACUGGGGGUGUGGUGCGAUGGGAGUACUUCCGCCUGCGUCCACUGAGGUUCAGGGUCCUGGAUGGACCACAGCAAGUUGAGAACCCUUCUCAUACCUGGGGCUGGGAGGUGGCCGGGGCCCCAGCGUUAAGGCUACAGAGGUCCCAGUCAUCUGAUCUUCUGGAGAGAGAGGUGGAGAACGUCCUGCGCCGGGAGCGAGAGGUGGCCGAAGAGCGAAGAAAUGCGCUCUUCCCUGAGGUCUUCUCUCCAACCCCAGAUGAGGACUGGCAGCCAGACUCCAGGAGCUCCUCCCGAGGGUCUGGCAUCACGGGCAGCUAUUCAGUGUCCGAGUCACCAACAUUCACCCCUGUCCACCUGCAUUCAGGCCUGGUGUGGAAGGCAGAGGCCCCUGCAGACAGUAACUCCAGGCAGAACAAGAAGGAGCAGUGGUAUGCCGGCAUCAAUCCUGCAGACCAUAUCAACUCAGAGAUCCUGGGAGCCACACGGGUGACACGCCACAAGAACGCCAUGGCGGAACGCUGGGAAGCCCGCCUCUAUGCCAGUGAGGAUGAGGACUGAGUCUGAGGACUCAAUUGUCCCUCCCCUGUCUUGCCUUAUCCUGGACCCCAUGAAAACUGCCCAGCCAGUACUGAGUCCCCACCAAGGGAAACAGGUCCUGUGGAAACCACAAAUCAUGUACUGCUCAUCCUGUGGCCAUCACUUUGGGAACUGGGAAGCUCUCUUUUCUGUUUUGAUUUUCCUGGUGGAAAUUGUCUGCUUUCGGGGGUCCUGCAGCUGGGGCUGGGAUGAGAUUUCCCAUUGGGUCUUUCUACUUCUGGAACUUUGCCAAACUCUCUGCCGUCAGGGAGGAGACACCAGCUCCCCGCCCCCCAUGUCUGUAAUAAUGCUACCAUUGGACACAAUGCCUGGGAAUAUAGGAGUCUGGGGGAAAGGAGCAAGCUGAGCCCCAGGCUGGGCUGUUUGCAGCCCUCAUGCCCUCUGUAUGGUGCACCUGUGGACACAGAGCUCUGAACUGUCACCCAGCCAAAAAAAACAAAAAAAAAAAAGA